AUGGCCGCUACGUCUUAUAGCCACGUCGCCCCAUUUGACACUGGCUAUCUCCGAGUCGGGUCGAUCCAUCGAGUAUACUACGAGCAAUACGGAAAUCCGAAGGGGAAGGCGGCACUGUUCCUUCAUGGUGGGCCUGGAGGCAACAUAUCGAAAGACAACGCAGGUUUCUUCGAUCCCCAAGUCUACCGUGUUGUCUUGUUCGACCAAAGGGGCGCCGGGAAAUCCACGCCGUUUGGAGAGCUCAAAGACAACACCACACAGCACCUGAUCGACGACAUUGAGGUCUUGCGACAACAUGUGAAUGUCAACAAGUGGCACGUAGUAUUCGGUGGCUCGUGGGGAUCGACUCUGGCUCUCGCAUACUCACACAUACAUCCACAGACCGUUGGGUCCCUGGUCCUCCGUGGUGUACUACUGGCCACCCCUGAGGAGCUGAAGGACAUCCAUGAGAGCAAAGCCUCUACGACCUUCUUUCCUGACGCUCACGAGGAGUGGCUGCAGUUCCUCCCAGAGAAUGAACGGUCCGAACCCAUCGACGCAUACUACCGCAUCCUCACGUCUAAUCAGCUCCCAGAAGCGCAGAGAAUAGCAGCGGGUAAGGCGUGGAACAAGAGAGAACUCAGAAUGGGCCAAAUGAGAGACGAUAGUCAUGCGUUGCAAAAGCUGGAGGACCUGGAUUGGGUGAUUGCACACUCCAGGCUCGAAGCUCAUUACGUCUCAAAUGACCUCUUCAUGAAGCCUGGCCAACUGAUGGAAGAGCACAAUCUUGCCAAGAUUCAAGCGAUUCCUAUGAGUAUAGUUCAAGGCCGAUACGACAUAUUGUGUCCGCCGAAGGCUGCCUGGGCGCUACACGCAGCGUUGCCCAAGUCAGAGUUGCACCUCAUCGCAGGUUCUGGCCACAGCACAAGUGAACCCGGCAUCAAAACCAAGCUCAUCGAGGUUUGCGAUCGCUAUGGCAGCGAGGCGUAA